AUGGUUUUCAGACUGGAAUAUCCAAAUACUGUCGAGAACCUGACUGCCGAUUCAACGGACUUGCUCAAGUUCUCGUUCAAGAUUGAGAAUAGCGAACGUCCACAUCAAGCUAUGGUCGUCUUCCAGAGUCAGGAUGAGUUCCAGGAUGAGAUUAUGGUCGCUGCUUCCGUCAGAUCAUCAGGAAAGGGACGGUUCGAGCUUAACUUUGCAAAAGCAGAUCGCAAAUUCAAGUAUGGUACACGUAAAUACUCUAUGACUUUCUUACUCGGAGGUUUCACAAUUGAUGAGCCUUUCAAGUACACCCUUGGCGAGAUCGAGGUUCAAGCUCCUACCGUUAACCCAGCAACACGUCCAAGUCGUGUUGAAUACAAGUCUCAGCCCGAAAUCCACCAUCAAUUCCGUCCUGACCAAAAAUUGAUCAAUAAGGCUAUCUCAGGCGCAUUCACUUUGCUUGUCCUUACCCCAUUUGCCGCUCUGUUCAUCAUUUGGUCCCAAUUAGGCAUAAAGUUCGAACCUCUCAAGUCUCUUGUCCGAAAACCUCUGGAUUUAGUUGCUGCGAUCGUGUUCUUUGCUUCAUUGAUAGGUAUCGAGUACGUUUUCUACUCGUACUGGACCCAUGUCACAUUGUUCCCAGUACUUCGAUAUCUCAGUGUCCUCUCCCUUGUGGCCAUCGUAUCAGGACGCUCAGUUCUUACUUUAGUUCAAGCACGUCGACUUCAACGUACGGCUGGCUCCGCGAAGAAACAGUCAUAA